AUGGCAUCUUUAAGCAUGACCCAGAUCAGGACCGGGAACUUUACAUCUGGGUUUUCGUUGAAUUAUACUAAGAAGGUUUAUGGUCGUCCUAAUAGAGUUGGGUUUAAGGUUUUUGCUUCUGAGAGUGGAUCAUCUUCAGAGCCUGAUCUUAGUGUUACUGUUAAUGGUUUGCAUAUGCCCAAUCCGUUUGUUAUUGGAUCAGGUCCGCCUGGAACUAAUUACACUGUCAUGAAAAGAGCUUUUGAUGAAGGUUGGGGUGCUGUCAUUGCUAAAACUGUAUCUCUUGAUGCAGCAAAAGUUAUAAAUGUAACUCCUCGAUAUGCUCGGCUACGGGCUAAUGGAAAUGGAUCGACAAAAGGAGAAAUUAUUGGGUGGCAGAACAUUGAACUUAUCAGUGAUAGACCACUUGAAACCAUGUUGAAAGAAUUUAAGCAAUUGAAAGAUGAGUACCCUGACCGAAUUCUCAUAGCUUCAAUUAUGGAAGAGUACAAUAAAGCCGCUUGGGAAGAGCUUAUAGAUAGAGUUGAACAAACUGGAGUUGAUGCAAUUGAAAUAAACUUCUCGUGUCCUCAUGGUAUGCCGGAACGCAAAAUGGGUGCUGCUGUUGGGCAAGAUUGUGCUCUUCUGGAAGAAGUUUGUGGAUGGAUAAAUGCAAAAGCUACUGUUCCAGUUUGGGCUAAGAUGACUCCCAACAUAACUGAUAUUUCACAGCCAGCAAGGGUUGCUCUAAGUUCAGGAUCUGAGGGAAUAGCUGCUAUAAAUACAAUCAUGAGUGUUAUGGGAAUCAAUCUGGAUACUUUACGUCCCGAGCCUUGUGUUGAGGGGUACUCAACUCCAGGCGGUUAUUCUGCAAAGGCGGUCCAUCCGAUCGCCCUUGGGAAGGUUAUGAGUAUUGCAAAAAUGAUGAAAGCGGAGUUUGAUAAUGAGAACUAUUCACUUUCCGCCAUUGGCGGUGUUGAGACAGGUGGUGAUGCUGCUGAGUUUAUUCUUCUUGGUGCAAAUACGGUCCAGGUAUGCACGGGCGUUAUGAUGCAUGGCUAUGGUCUCGUGAAGAAGCUUUCUGAUGAGCUUAAAGACUUCAUGAAAAAACACAAUUUCAAAUCAAUAGAAGAUUUCAGAGGGGCAUCUCUGGAGUAUUUUACUACACACACAGACUUGGUGAAAAGGCAGCAAGAAGCAAUAAAGCAAAGGAAAGCAAUAAAGAAAGGAUUGCAAUCUGAUAAAGACUGGACAGGAGAUGGUUUUGUGAAAGAAAGUGAAAGCAUGGUUUCUAAUUAA